CCCCAGGUGCAUCCUUUUUUAUUCAAAUACUUUAUUUUAUUAAUAGGCCAUUUCUGCUCCCUCAAUAUUAGUACUGUACUGUACGCCACAAAGCCCUAGAUUAGGUAAUAGUAAAGAACAAGGACCCAGGUUAUCCUGCGACCUAACAAAAAAUCUCUAUAGAAGGAAACUUAUUUUGUACCUCUAGAAUAGAGUAAAUUGGGUGGAAACAGCACUUUUUGUAUUCUGAUUUUUUCACUAGUUUUUCCUGUAAAUAAAGAUGCUGCCACUCGCCCACUUCAUAACGACUCCAUGUUUGAAAGUUACCAUUGAAAAAUGCUUCACAGUGACCGACUGACCCACCCAAAGACUAAGCGACAGACUGACCUUACUUCCUCUCCAUACUGAUACAAAUCUACCUAACCAAACCUAAUGGAACUACCAGAAUUAAGCAAACAGUUCAUCCUACGACUCUUGUUUGUGACCAGACCUGUUCCUCAAGUGUUACUGGCCACGUGGAAACCUCAACAUGAGCCGGGCAAGGAUCUCGGGGACAUUGCUGCAGAACACCGGCAGGGGACACAGGUACUGCUUGACAUGGCUAUUUGGCAGGAAGUGAAUGACCACCAUGGAAAUUUGGCCAUUAGGCUAAGCAACACCUUCAGAGAUAACCUCAAAGUGGCCAUUCUUGGAGGGGGAAAACCAUGGACCAUGUCUGCUGCUUUAGAUUCAGAUCCACAUCAACGAGAUGUUGAGUUUCUAGACAAAUAUGCGAUGGAUAGAUGGGAAAGUGUUCUUCAGUUUCUUGUGCAGCCAGGCCAGGGUCAAACAGCCAUCUCCCGAGAUGCCAUGCGCACUCUGCUUCAUGCAGGUCUUAUUGAAAGCAGUGAUGAAUCAGACAAUAUGCAGAUAACAAGUUCAGGCUUCCAGUUUUUACUUCUUGACACGGCCUCUCAAGUUUGGUUCUUCAUUUUGAAGUAUUUAGAGACUGUGACGGAGCGAGGUCUGAGCCUUGUGGCCUGCCUCACAUUCCUUUUCAAACUCUCUUUCUCAAUUCUUGGCAAGGAUUACAGCAUGGAGGGUAUGGACAAUGAGCUCUUAACUUUCCUUCAACAUCUUCGGGAAUUUGGUCUGGUAUACUUACGCAAACGAAGUUCUGGCAGAUUUUAUCCUACAAGAUUAGCGCUCAACAUCACUGCUGGACAGAAUAAGGGCAACAUUGAUGUUCCUAAGCAGGGUUACUUAGUGAUUGAAACAAACUACCGGAUAUAUGCCUACACUGUCUCAGAGCUCCAAAUAGCACUUCUUUCCAUUUUCUCGGAUAUAGAAGGAAGAUUCCCCAACAUGGUGGUGACAAGUGUCUCUCGUGGCAGUGUGCGACGUGCUCUCCUGAAGGGUAUAGGGGCCGAGCAAAUUAUAAGUUUCCUGAGGCAGCAUUGUCACCCGCAGAUGUUCAAGAACAAUCCAGUUGUUCCACGUACAGUGGCAGAUCAAAUAAAGCUGUGGGAAUUGGAGAGGGAACGCUUAGAAUUCAAUGAAGGUGUUCUCUAUAAGGAUUUCAUGUCUGUUCAUGACUUCUCCCUGUUGUCCAACUUUGCCUCCAGUAAAGGUGUUCUUAUAUACUCCGAUGAAAAGCAGAGAACAAUGGUGGUGACUAAGAAAGGUCAUCCUGCCAUAAAGUUAUUCUGGAAAGAAGCUCAAGCUAAGUAAACAGUUGUAAAAAACUACAAGACACCUGGGAAAAAUUUAUACAAGGAACAUUAUUUACGUACAAAAUAUAUAUUUUUUAUGCCAGUGUAUAUAAUAAAGGAUUAAAUAAUA